ACCAGUGGUAUGCCGCGGCCCCCUGUGGGGAACCUUCAAUCACGGCAACCACGAAUUCCGCUCAUACGUCUCCCUUUGGAGUACACUCGGUGGCGCCCAGUGGCACACCGAUCGAGCACGCGCCUGUUUUGUCAACGCUGGCUGCAAGCGGCCUAAGCAAUUCACGUAUAGCUGCCUCAAGUGGCAGCUGUGAACGACAGCAGGUGCACCCCGCUAGGAGCCCUUUUUGCUCUGGGGACGGCGGCGCGCCGGCCGGUAUCCCUGUGGAAACCGCGCCACUGAUCGAGCUGGACGUCAGUUCAUCCUUGCUCGAUCGCGCCGCUAACGCGCCAACGGCUCCCUUUGGAGCAGGCGCACAGACGCUGUUGCAUAAUGCCGCCGAAAUGAUCCAGGCGCUCUCUGGGGCAGUUAAAACGCUGUCGGCUGUUCCGAAAUGCGCUCACCCCGCUGUACGGUUGGCAGUCCCGACCUACAGCGGAUACGGUGACCUGCUCAGUGCCAGGGACUACUGUUACUCCCUCGCACGCUACCAGAGAGCUCUGGGUUUGAACGAUCAGGAUGUACUCGGACGCGUCGUCCCUGUUGCACUCACUGACUCGGUGGCUAGGUGGUACAGGCUUUCCGGACACCGUGCAACAACCCUCGAGGAGUUCCGCGCGGCAUUCCUGCGUGAAUUCCUACCCGCUGACUACGAGAGUAGGAUGCGGCGAGAGCUUGGGCUACGUACACAGGCUCCUGAUGAGUCGCUUCAGGAGUACGUACGGGCGAUGCAAGACCUUUUCUUAGUCGCCGAGCCCAAUGCUUCGAACGAGGAACGCGUCGAACGGGUGAUCAGGCAGGCACAUCCGACAUUUUCGGCAUACCUGCGCGGCGGCCGCUUCCGAAAUCUGGAGGAAUUAGCCGCCGAGGCAAAGCGCAUUCAAGGUGACAUUAUCGCCGCGCGCGCCUAUCGCCCACCGCCGCCCGCCAGCGAGGCCCUUGAGCCG